CGAACACUUUUCAUGCUAUCCAGUAGUCGCUCCAAAACUCGAGAUGCAACAGGCAUUAAAAUCAAUGAUUCCCCAUGGACUAUACCAGGCCAACCCUUUGAGGAAGUAGAUCCAACAUCCCGCAUUUGGGGGACCUGUCUGGCUGAAGGCUGGAAAUAUGAUAUGGAUAUCAUGGAAAACCAGAGGGGAGAAGUCAAUGUUCUCUUCGUUUUUGCAGGACUCUUCUCUGCAAUUGUCAGCGCGUUCAUUGCCCAAUCCUUUGCAAAUCUACAGCCAGACUAUCAGCAGUUGUCGGCAUAUUUGACGUUCGAUCAAAUCAAUAUUCAGCGCGCCAUUGCCAACGGCACUUCCCUUGACCGUAUCACCACAUCAGGCACUGACCCCAUGGCUCCCUUUACUCCGAAAACAUCGGAUUUAUGGAUAAACGGACUAUGGUUCACGAGUCUUACUCUCAGUCUUGCAACUGCGCUAUUUGCAAUUCUUGUCGAUGAGUGGUAUUAUCAUUAUCAGUCCUCUGUCGCCGGAAACCCCCAAGUUCGCUCUCGUACUCGGCAUUUACGUUAUGAUGGUCUUGUCAGUUGGCGUGUCGGCGCCUUUAUUCGCCUCCUACCACUCAUGCUGCAUCUUUCCCUCUUCUUAUUUUUCAUCGGCCUUGUGCUAUCUCUCCUACCUCAGCAGCAGAAAACCUCAAUUGUGGUAGGAAUCAUAUCCAUCAUAACCUUUAUCGUCUAUGUUGUGACAAACACCCUCCCAAUAAUAUACCCGGACUGUGCAUAUAAAACACCCCUAUCUUUGGUUGCAUAUGUCAUCACCACGUGGAUCCUUCAACAAUUCGUUGCGGUACUGAAGUCAAUUUCAUCACUGCAAAUCGAGUUUCGUCCUGGACUCAAAACAUUGCAAGAUUUUGAGAUGUACGGUGCAGAAAUAUCAUCUGCAAAAGGCGAGGUGGAUCAACUUCUUUGGCUCUACACGAGAGCAUCAACCUCUGCCAUGCGUCGUCUGGUCAUCCAAGCUCUUGCUGGAUUGCCUAUAAAGCAAGUAUUAUAUGC